CACUCGGCGUCACUGGUCUUUAAUGAUACUGAGAAGGAGGCGGACUCAAACUUCAGAUACACGGUGAAAUAACUUCGUAUAUGAUCGCCUCUAAGGGGUCAUUCCGAAUAUUGACAAGGCCGUAACACAACUUACGGACAAUGUACUGUCAUGAGGUAAAUAAAACGGGGAAAAACGUACUCCACUUAUGCAUCUACGUGAAAGAAACGCAACACUCUACAGACAAGUCCUGACGCGGUGUCUUCGACGGACCGUUUGUAUGAAUCUAUCGAUAUGUUCCAUCCCGUCGAGUCCUCUUCAAUUGGGACAAAAGGGACAAAAGGGGAAGGCUGAUCCAUUUUCGCAAGAUUACAUUGAAUGUUCAGGGCCACUUAUGGAAUACCUCAUUUCGUGGUCAAUAUUGAUGGACCAGCUUGACUGCCUCAACGACCACUGUCUCACGUAUCAAAGGGGAAGUUGGCUAAUGGGAGCAUCGCCGUCAGCAAUUGAUGACAAACUGUUCCGGGAACGACAGUCGCUCACAGUGCUCAAUCUUAUUCACUAACGGCUCCAUUGCAUCUAUAAAAUACCUCCGGCAUACACCUAAUGCUGGCCAGUUGCGAAAUUUGUCUUCAGUCAUUACAGGUGCUAUUCCGACACAACCCUCACCUCAACAUCAUAUACAUCCUCGUUCUGUAAACCUGCCUUCUGGGCAGAAGAAAACAUGGCCGGGGAACACGCGUGUCGCUGUAGAGUUUUUCAAGCGUUUUCGAUUUGAUGUGUUAGAGUCGGUGGAGGGGAACGAGACAGUCGUCAUCCACACCCGCUCUAGUGCAACUAUGACAUCCGGAUGUUCGUCUCGUAACGAAUAUGUGCUCUUCUUCCAUCUGGCCAAGCAAGACAAAGGCGAGUACAAGAUUUCCUCCAGCAAGGAAUUUGCGGACUCCCUGUACUCUUUACGGUUCUUUGCUGAAGAAAGAAAGAGGCAGCAAGCAUUGGGAAGAGGUUUCGCCAUAGGAAUUAUCUGAUACUGAAAUCUUCCGCUUUCUGCCAGCUAAUAUGAUGAUCCAUGUUCUUGGGUUUUCGCGACUCGCCAUUUAACUAC